AUGAUCAGACAGAGAUUGAAGGAAUCUGCUCAAGGUAAGGAUAUCAAUUUUAUUUCAGACAAUUCCAAUAAUGAGAGCGUUAUCAUUGGUUCAUCAUUGGCAGGAAGUCUUACUUUCAUAAUAGUUAUCGUCAUCUACUGCAAAAAGAGCAGAAACGGAACUCCAGAUUCACUGAUUCAAAAAGGCGGUUUACAAGUCAGUGCGACACCAUUGGAUGGAUUCCCUCAACUCACUCCAUCUUCUAGUAAUGCAUCUGACGGUAGUUACCCAGAAUCAACAUUUCAUGGCAGGAAAUUUGAACCGUUAGACCCUGAGAUGUAUUUGCAGCAAAAUGACUUUACCGAUAAUUUAAUAAAUUCACAACAUAAUAGUCAUGCUAAGCUGUCGACUCUAGACAGUGUGUACAGCCAUCUCAAGAUGGAAGUCGGCCAUUACGACAAAAUAGAUCUGCCAUUCGACAAUAGUCAGGAAACUGAUGAGGACUUAUUCUCUCCACACAGAUCAAACAGUUGUUGCAAUAUUACAGACUCGGGGUAUUCAUCGAGAAACUGCGAGAAGAGAUUUUUAUCGUCCGUAAAGCAGUGCAGCGAGACUCUAAACAACAAUUCACAAACAAGAGAUAUAUUUGUAACCCAUGACAUCCGCGAAAUAGGACUUUCUAAAACUGGUAUGAUGAAGAAAAAUGGAAUUUCAUCAGUAAAGGUGAAGGUAGAAGCAAUACUCUUGGACGAAUUGUCAAGAAAACUGCAUAGCUUUAAAAGGAAACCUGAAGAUAUCGAAUAAUAAUAAUACUAAAGUACAGACGAACCUCAUACAAAUACUGAGAUACAGACCUACCUCAUAAAUAUGGGGUUAUGAAAAUCUAGAUAUAAUUCAACGUGUACAUUUAAAAUUUCUGAAAACUAUUUUUAAUUUGAAAAGCUCAACUCCUAAUCAUAUGAUAUAUGGAAAAUCUGGGAGUUUUCCGAUCUAUAUCAAGUCAAAGUUUUUACAAGAAUGGUUACAUACUGGGCAAAAUUGUUAUACUCAGAAAAUAAAAUUGUUAAUAUUCUUUAGAGAUAUUUUUGUACCCAGUAUGAUAAAGUUGGAUAUAAAAGCCCUUGGAUUGACUGUGUUCAAAAUAUUUUAGUCGUGUGUGGACUUUCAAAUAUUUGGAAUGAGCAAGGUUAUUGUGUAAAUGUUAAAUGGUUAUCUACAGCAGUUAAUCUGAUUUUGAAAGAUCAAUUUAUUCAGAAAUGGUCUUCUGAUGUUGAUGACUCUUCUAAGGAUAAGAUUUAUAAACAUUUCAAACAUUGUUAUGGUUUAGAGAAAUAUGUACUUACUUUGCCUGUAAAAUUAAGAAAAUCAUUUAUGAAAGAGGGUGUUGCACCGAAGCGGGAAUGUUUCCUAAUCGGAGCUCUGUGCCAGCACUCGUGACGUAGAACUGACCUUCAUCCAUAUUUAUUCUCUUAUUGCGUAUUUGCCAUUUAAGUACCUGUAGGAUUCCCCAGUACUAAGGACAAGCCUAAUACAUUUUAUGUGUCAAUACAUUAUACAUGUAGUCUAAACAUAAUUUUUGAAAUCGUGAAAAUUAAAUUGUCUUUCUUUUCUAAGUAUCAGAUACAAUGUAUACGGUUACAUGUUACGAGUGUAUUAAAUAUUUAAUAUUUUGUACUUCUACAGUUUAAAAUCACGUAUACUCGUAUGCAUUAUUUUCUACAACCAACAGUUGGCAAUUGUAAAUGACUCUGACCACAAAACAAAACAUGGGAAGUUUAAUAAGCAUUAAUAAAGUUCAACAUAAUUCAAAGUACAUUGAUUCAUCAUUUUAGAAAUUCGCUCCUGGAAUACAUAUAAUCUUUUCCACUCAAACUGUUUAACAGUUAUUUACUUUGUUUGGCCCUAAAGUUUUUCUUUCAAAACUUUGCAAAGUUCACAACGGUUUUUCGUAAAAGACACCAUGCCUUUGUCAACAACUUUCAGUUAGAAAAACAUACAAAUUCUCUUUAGCCACCUUGCUUAUUAAAAACAACAGGCAUUGCAUGCUGUAUUCAGCUUGUUUGUUGCGAGUCCUAUUCACAAACUAUACAGUGUCCUUAAAAAAGAAAGCAUCGUUACCCAUUAAAGUCGAUGACCUUUUUUAUUUAUGUAAAAGUCGAUGACCUAAAACUGGACCACGCAGUAGACCUUACAUUCCUAUGGAAAAUUACCAUAGAGGUGAAGUUGAAAAUAAUAUCAGUAAAAUUGUUUCGAUUUUUUGAAAUUUACAAAAAAUGUCCUUGUAAAACAGAAUUUCAAAGCUAAGGUUUUUAGUGGAAAACUUGAAGAUCAUGUUCUUACUAAGUUUAUUUUGUUUCACGGAGGCAGUGUUUCUUAAAUUCGGGAAUAUCCCUUCAUUUUAACGCUAAACAUCAUAUAAAUCGCUUAUUGCUUGAUUUAAACUCGAAUUAUUUUGACUAAUGUUUGUCAAUACACGUCUUUAAAACUUAUUUUCAAAAAUGUUUGAAUCAAGACAUAAAUUCCGAUUGAUUUUAUCAUAUACAUGUACAUGUAUUUGAAUAACUUAAUUUUAUCGAUCUUUCAUGCAAAAUUAAAAUGAGACGUGCAACACCUUUUUUCGCACUUCAAAUCACCGUUUAACCAGAGACAGGAAGAUGGUAUAGUAUUCCCCAGAAUGAAAGACUAUGUACAUUUUGUAAUAAAGGAGAAACAGGAGAUGAUUUCCAUUUUGUUUCACAGUUUCCAACUUUUUCACAAUUAAGGAAAAACACAUAGACAAAUUUGUUUAUGAAAGACCAAAUGUUCUGAGGUUUUCUAAUCUAUUGUCAACUCAAGAUAUGAAAAUAUUAAGAAAUCUCUGUGUUUUUGUUUGUCAUAUUUUUGAUAUUGUCUGUUGUUUUUCGUAAUUGGUCUUCUGCUUCCUCUUAAAAGUAUUACUAUAAUGUUUAUUUAUAAAUACAGUGUAUUUUAUGUUCCCCUCUGAUAUCUAAGAAAGUUGCAUUGUUCCAUGUAUGAACCUCUGACGAUUUUUCUUGCAUGUAUUAUAUUUCUUGUACCUCAUGAACUGUUUAACAUGGUUUGAGCAAAUGCAUUAAAUUGAAUUGAAUUUUUAUAUAAACA